AUGUUGACACAAGACGGAAACCGCCUCACUUACACCUACGACCACGAGGUUCUCAACCUCGAGCCAUGGGGGCCUAAUGCACUCCGGGUCCGCUCGACCAAGAGCGACACCAUGCCCACAGAGGACUGGGCACUUGAUGAGCCUGUGCCCGAGCUGAAUCCUGAGAUCAAGAUCGGCGAUGAGCAAGCAACCAUCACCAACGGGCUGGUCCACGCCACGGUCUCUCGGGCGGGUAAGAUCACGAUACAUAACACCAAGACGGGCCAGCUCGUCCUGGAGGAAUACAUGCGCAACCGGGAUGAUGUGCGCGACCCCAAGGCCUCAGCGUUGUACAUACAGGCGCGCGAUUUCAAGCCCAUCACCGGCGGGGACUAUGAACUGACACUGCGACUGGAGUCGGUCUCCAAGAAGGAGAAGCUUUACGGUAUGGGUCAGUAUCAGCAGCCGUAUUUGGACCUGAAGGGGACGGAUCUAGAGCUGGCCCACCGCAACAGCCAGGCGAGUGUGCCGUUUCUCCUCAGCAGCCUGGGAUACGGACUGCUCUGGAACAACCCCAGCAUCGGGAGGGCGGUGCUGGGCACGAAUACCAUGUCAUUUUCUGCGUCAAGCACCAAGAAACUUGACUACUGGAUCGUGGUGGACGAUUCUCCCAAGAAGAUCGUCGAGGCAUAUUGCGCCGUAACUGGUAAACCCCCAAUGAUGCCCGAGUACGGCCUCGGGUUCUGGCAGAGUAAGCUGCGGUACCAGACGCAGGAGGAGACGCUGCAGGUGGCGCGGGAAUACAAGCGGCGGGACUUGCCCCUCGACGUCCUCGUCAUCGAUUUCUUCCACUGGCGCGCCCAGGGCGAAUGGUCUUUCGACAAGGACUACUGGCCGGACCCGCAAGCAAUGUGCGACGAGUUGAGGUCGCUUGGCAUCGAGCCGAUGGUAUCGAUCUGGCCGACCGUCGAGCCCGACAGCGAGAACUGGGCGGAGAUGCUGGAGAAGGGCUUGCUGAUCCGCAGCGAGCGCGGGUUCAGGCACGUCAUGGAUUUCCAGGCCAACACGACGCACUUCGAUGCGACGAAGCCCGACGCGCAGAAGUAUGUCUGGUCCAAGGCCGCCAAGAACUACGGGCAGUACGGGAUCCGUCUGUUCUGGCUCGACGAAGCGGAGCCUGAGUACCAGCAGUACGACUUUGACAACUGGCGGUACCACCUGGGGCCUUCGCUCGCCGCAUUCUACGAGGGCGCCACCGCAAAGGACGGCAGCGGGCGGUUCCAGGGCCGCGAGCCCAACACCGUUAACCUCGUGCGGUGCGCGUGGGCGGGUAGCCAGAAGUUCGGCGCGCUGGUCUGGAGUGGCGACAUUGCGAGCAGCUGGGGCAGCCUGCGCAACCAGCUCGCAGCGGGCCUGAACAUGGGCAUCGCGGGCAUCUCGCACUGGACGACGGACAUCGGUGGCUUCCACGGCGGGGACCCAAAGGACGAGGGCUUCAGGGAGCUGCUUGUGAGGUGGUUCCAGUGGGGCGUCUUCCUGCCCGUGUUCCGCCUCCACGGCGACAGGUACCCGAACAAGCCGCCUCUUUCUAACACCGGGGGCGGCAGGUGCCCGUCAGGUGCGGAUAACGAGGUGUGGUCGUACGGGGAGAAGGUUGGCGCGAUUCUCGAGCGGUACCUCAAGCUCAGGGAGACCCUGAGGGACUACGUCAGGGACUUGAUGACGGAGGCAAGCAAGACUGGCACGCCUCUGAUCAGAGCGUUGUUCUUGGAGUUCCCCAAGGAUGACCAGGCUUGGGAGGUGGAGGAUGAGUACAUGUUUGGUGGAAAGUACCUCGUUGCUCCCAUUCUAUACCCCGGUUUGACCAAGAGGCAGGUCUACUUCCCCACCGGGGCUAAGUGGAAGGAGAUGGAAGGCGAUAAAGUGUACGAAGGCGGUGCAACGUCAGAGGUUGAUGCGCCGUUGGAACGUUUGCCAGUCUUUGAGAGAUUGUGA